AUGGACGUGCCGGAAUCUCGUGGCAAUCCGCAAGAGGCUGCCGCGGACAACAUCGACAUGCCAGACUUGGACACGCCACCUUCUCCGCAUGACUGUGAUGAAGGAUGCUUGGGCUGCAGGCCCGCCCGCAGCCGCAGGGGCAAGAAAUCCUUCAUGGAAUUAUCGGUGACUGCCGAUGAUGAUGCUCCUGUGACAGUGGGAGUUUGCAUAGAACACACCAUCGUAAGAUCUCGUUUUAGCAUCCGGAAUAUCUGCUGCGAUUCAGAAGUCCGGUUGAUUGAGCGCAUCAUUUCGCCACUAUUGGGCGUGCAGACCGUAUCGGUGAACAGCUUCCAGAAGCUUUGCAUCGUGGAGCACUGUUCGCCGUGCUGCACGACCCCAGAGACAAUUCUCAACAAGCUCAACAGUGCGGGAUUGGGUGCUGCUCUCCUGGGGCAGGGGGGUGACGAAGUUAACCCCGAACAGCUGCGCUGCCACGAAUGGUGUCGGCGCCAUGGUCGUAGCUUUGUUGUCCUUGGUGCGGCCAUGUGCAUGCUUGCUAGUGCUUUCACGGCAGGAAUGGAAUUAAGCAGCACUUUCCAGGUCCUUGCAGUAUUAAUCGGCCUGCCGUGUAUUCUCUGGGAGUCAGUGAUCGCCUUGAAGCAGUUUCAGAUCGACGUCACACUGCUUGUGUCUAUUGCCGUCUUUGCUGCGGCGUGGCAUGGCGAAGUCUUUGAUGCGUCUUUGGUUGUGUUUCUCUUCAACCUGGCGAAGAUCAUCGAAGCAGCAGCUAUACGGCGGGUGGCCACGGCACUGCGCGCAGUCAUGCAGCUGCAGACUGUCCGCAGCGUACAGGGAGCAGAUGGAAAGCAGAAGCAAAUAUCGGACUUGCAGAUUGGAGAUGUGAUUUCGUUGCGACCUGGUGAACAGUGCCCCGCAGAUGGCAUGGUAUCAGCAGGGCUCGCCUCUUGCUCCGAAGCUGCAAUGACGGGUGAGGCAACACCGGUUGAAAAGUCGAAAGGCGGCAGUAUUUCUGCCGGGACUUUGGUCUUGAAUGGAUGCAUUGAGGUCGAGCUGACAAAGCCUUCGUCGGAGUCACGCAUGUCAGAAAUUGAGGGCAGGGUGCAAGAGGCGCAAGCCAAGCGCACAGAGAGGCAAAUGCUUAUCAGCAGGUUUGCACAAACUUGGACUCCAGUGGUCCUCGUGGCUGCUCUUUUGACUAGCAUGAUGCCUGCUUUUGUGGGAGGUGACUUUGCGGAAUGGCGCCACAGAGCCGUUGUUCUUCUGCUUAUAGCGUGCCCGUGUGCUAUUGUCAUCGGCGCACCCCUUGCCACCACUUGUGCAAUUGCAGCUGCCGCUUCGAAUGGCGUGCUUAUCAAGCGCCCUGAAAUAGUGGAGCGCCUCCCAGCAGUAACCACUGUAGGUUUGGACAAGACUGGUACCCUCACCAAAGGUGAAAUGACCGUUCUUCGUGUCCAGGGCAUGUCCGGCUCCAUGUGGGAUGAGACGCAGGCACUGAAGCUGGCUGCUGCCCUGGAGAUGAAGUCCGCACAUCCGAUUGCCGCUGCUAUCGUCUCGAGAGCUUUAGGUUGUGUCGGCAUGGCAAACAGCACCGACUUCGCUGUUGCCAAAAAAGUGCGCAGUUUGCCUGGAGUGGGAAUUCAAGGUCAUUUAACAGUCGGCACAGGCUCGGCAGCCAAAGUGCACAAAGUCCUGCUCGGAAACCGACGGGCUUUAGACCUGGCAAAUGCGGAUGCAGACUCGCAGAAGGAAUUCGCCGGUUUCCAGGAGAUGCACCGCAAUGACACUACCGUUGCUUUGAUCAUCGACGGCAAGUUGCAGUUUGGUCUUGCCUUAAACGACACUCUUCGGCCAGAGGCCAGGAGGUUGAUCGAUGAGCUCAAAGACUUGGGGCUUCGGCCCUACAUGUUGACAGGAGACUCCGAGUUUGCAGCAAUGCACAUCUCGGCGUGUGCUGGCCUGGAUGCAGGACACUGUCUUUUCUCUUUGGCACCCGAGGAGAAGAUGGAGUGGGUUGAGAGUGAGAACAAAGCAGGCAGAAAGACUCUGAUGCUGGGAGAUGGUGUGAAUGAUGCAACGGCACUUACAGUGGCGACUGUGGGCGUUGCGAUUGGCGAAACGGGCGCUGCACUGUCGGCACAGUCUGCCGCCGUUGUCCUUCUCACUGACAAGUUACACAAGCUCUCGCAGUGCAUCAUCAUGUGCAGAUAUGCAGUGCGCAUCGAAAGACUGAGCAUAGCGGUUCCCUGUUUAGUCAAGCUGCUGCAGGGAGUCGCAGCCUUGCGUGGUGAGCUUGACUUGUGGAUGGCGGUUGUUGCUGAUCUGGGCACGCUUUUGCUCGUGUUGGUGCUAGGUGUAUCGAUCUUGUCGCGCAGAUUCUGGGUGGACGAGGACAUCCUUGGAAGUUCUGCAGGCAACGCCAACGUGGCAAAGCGGCAGGGUUACGAGGAGUUCGUCUGA